AUGGCUUCAAAGGCUCAGGCCGCUGGCAACCGCAGGAGGCGGCUUGCUGCUCUCGCGGACGAGUGGCAGGUCGGGCUUCUGCCGCCACCGGCUCCCAUAGUGCGGCCACUGCAACCGCUGAGCGUGCGCAUCCCCGCUGAUGACCAGACUGCCGAGGAGCUUCUAAAAGAGCAGAGGCUCGCAGCCACUGCGGACGGCCAGCAGCAGCGCUCUACCAGUCUCUCCCGAACCUUUACCACCUUGAAGAAACGAGACAAGGCGUGGGAGCCGCGGGAGAUCUUCGUCGCCCUCGAUGCCCACAUCGACAAGCAAGGAUCGCCUGGAGUGGCUGAGGCUCUCAUCGCCAAGCUCGUGACGGCCGGCGGCGAUAUCAACGUUGCCAGCACGAAGACCAAGACAAGCUUGUUGACCCGUCGCCGGAGCGUCGAGUCGUUUGAGCGCGGCCGUCUUCUGCAGCGGGCCAUUGAGCACGGCGACUCUCGACUGGUGGCCAUCCUCGUGCCCUACGCAGAUUCGGUCACCCUGGACGGCAGCCUGCCGGGUGCCAUUCUGUCCUGCCAUGUUGCCGUUGUGGAGCACCUGGUGCGCUAUGGGGCCAGCGCCUCGGCUACCUCUGCCGGCCGAGACGCCUUUCGUAAAGUCUGCUCUGCCGGCGGCCAAGAGGACAUCAUCAGCGUCCUGCUCGCUUCUGGUGGCUGCCCUCUGCCCGACAUUUUGUCGCCUGCCCUGGUUGACGCUGUCGAGUGCGGCUGUACUGAAACUGUUCGGCACCUCAGCCGCGCUUCUGCUGACGGCAGCUUCGAAAAUGCUUCGGCCCUAUUGAAGGCCAUUGCUGCCUCUCGCGUCGAUCUUGCGCUGGCCAUCUUGACCGGCUCGAAGCCUCCCUCGGUACCGCUUCUCAACGAAGCCUUUUACGAGCUGUUCAGACAGGAAACCAUGCAUCCUAACGAGAAGAUGGCCAUGGCUGAAUCACUUCUGUGCGCAGGAGCCUCUGGCGACGCUGUUGCUUCCGCCGUGGACCAAGCUUGUCUCAGCAACUUUUCUAAGAUGGUGUCUCUGCUCAUAUCGUACGGCGCUCCCAUUGAGCACGAGAACGCCAUCACGGUUCGCCGAGCCAUCUCGCAAAAGCAAAUCGACCUUGCCCGCAUCUUGCUUGCUAGCAACACGACACUGCGCCCGCAAUACGCCUCCGAAUGUGUGGCGCUUAUCCCUAAACAUGUUUCUAACGAAGAGCGCCGAGAAGUUCUGGAGUUGCUUCUGCGCAAAGGUGCUAGCGGGAUCCCGCUGCAUGACUGUCUCAUCGACGCUGUCGAGGCUGGCGAUAUCAGCUCGACACAGCUGCUUCUGACGCCACACUUUUCUGGACCAGAACGCCAGGUAGUUUCGAGCCCGUCCCCAAAUCCGUUUGUGGGCAGGAAGAGUCUUCAGCGCCAUCACACGGCCUCUGCCGAACAUAAGGAGGGCAUGGCGCUACAGCUGGCUGUACAGACCAUGAACUUCUCCAUUGUCGACCAGAUCUUGGCCGUACGGCCAGCGCCCGAGAUCUUGGCCAAUGUUUUCCCCAGCAUCUCACUUCUGUCUCCGGAGCCGCAGUACCAAAUGUACGAGCUCUUCUUGGCCACUGGAUUUUCUGGACCGUGUGUCAGUGCUGUUCUGCAGCGCGCGCUUGAGGAACGGCCAUCGAACAGGGACUCGCGCCUCAUUGCCCUUCUCCUCAGGCACAUUGGCGAUACCAGUCAGGCUGGCGGUGCCGGUGUCCUUGCCGCCGUCACCAACCACGACAUAAGCCUUCUCAAUACCAUUCUUCAAAAUAGCCAGCCGACGGUGCAGACUGUUGCUGCCGCCAUGCCGCAAGCCAUGGCCAUUGACGAUCUUCCGACAAGGCGCCUGAUGGUGCGCUCACUCCUGAUUGCCGGUGCGGGACAGGAUGGAAAAUCGGUUGCCGAGGCACUGGUUACAACAUUGAGCGCAAACCCCGUCGACGGCGAGCUUCUCCACUUGCUGCUGGAUGUCGGACUGGCCGAUGUUAAUUACAACGCCCAAGCAGGAUCGCCGGUGACUCUUGCUGCCAUCAACCCAGACCCGAGAGUUUUGGAUGCCCUGCUCAAGACACAACGAUCAAACCGGGACAAUCUCGUCCAUGCUUUGUAUGCGAUCUCGAAUCUGCCGUUCACUGACGCUAAGGCUGUCAAACUGAACAUGCUGCUACAGCACACACAAGAUGAGGCUGCCCUGAGCUAUUUGCUGGUAGCUGAAGUUGAGGCUGCCGUCAAAAAUCCGCCUGAUCCGCGCAUUCUCUCUGUGAUCAAAACACUCUUGGCUGCCGGUGCCGACAUAAAUGCGCGCAAUGCCGCAGCUCUCUGCCAUGCCGUGACGGCGUCAAAUGUACGUAUCGUCGAAAUGUUUCUCGUUCGGCGGCCGAGCCCGGAUUCUCUGGCCACUGCCAUCUCACGCAUAUUCUCCAUCCCUGACGCCAUGGACCGGCUUUCGCUGGCGAAAGUGCUCUUGGAAGCCGGUGUGCCUGCCCACCAGGCAAGCUGUGAGCUGAAGCAUGCCGUGGUUAAUACCCCCGACGAUAUUCCCCUUCUCAGAAUGUUAGCAGAGUUCUCAGACCCUGAGCAUUCCGGCGCUCUGCUGGUAGCGGUGCAGCAACAAAAAAUGGAAACUGUGAGCAUGUUGCUCUCAUCGCAGAAAUUUGCCGUGCCUGUCCUCAACAGUGCUCUGGUUGAGACAAUGCGUGUGGCGGAUAAAGGAAAUCGCCAGGUCAUUUGCAACAUGCUGGUGAAGGCUGGUGCUACCGGAACGGCCGUGUCUGAUUCGCUGCUAUCUGCCGCACAAGAUGCGGACCUUGACCUUUGCCAUAUCCUGCUGGCCAACGGUGCUAAAAUUGGCCACCAAGACGGACAGGCUAUUGUAUUGGCGUGCCGAUCUGGCGCCGUGGGCACGGUUGAAAUGCUUCUGCAAAGCCUCCCCCCGACACCGGACAAGGACGUGGUACUCGUGCGCGCUUUCCAUGAGGCCGGAUUGUUGGACGAUCUAGCCAUGAGAGAGACACUGUUUCGGUUGCUUCUAGAACACGGCCUCCGUGGUGACGAGCUUGACAAACAGCUUGUUUCAGCAGUGAGCCAUGGCGACGAUGGAAUUCCGCUCAUUCGGUUACUGCUGGAAUAUGGUGCGAGCCCAAACUACAGUAGCGGCGAAGCUGUCUGGACCAGCACACGCAACAGCUUCCUACCUACGCUGGAGCUUCUUCUUGGUCUCGAAGACCAUGCUUUCAUGAAGGAAGAGGAUGCCAGUACGGUGGUUGUAGAAACGACAGCUGGAGAAAACGGCCCAAAACCGUCACAGGAAACCAUGGUCAGGGCGUUAAAGGCAAGCUGGAUGCUGAAGGGGGAGGAUCGAUAUCAGGUCAUAAAGUCUCUGUUUGCGGCCGGCUUGAAAGCUGGCGAGGCAGUCCAUGUCGCCCUCAAAAAGGCUGUGAGAGAUUCUAAACCAAACCUUGACCUCGUUAGUCUGCUGCUCUCGAACGGGGCAUCUCCACUGGAAGGCGGUUGCCAGACUCUGGUCGAUGCAACAUGGCGAUGUCUGGUGCCAAUUUUGGAACUGUGCUUAGCACGGGAGAUCCCCAGUGAAGAUCUCAACUACAUUUUCGCGGAAGCCUUUGCGCCGAGCGACACGUCAAGGUGGCUAUCAGACGAUGGGGUAUCCGUUGCGAGGCUCCUCUUGGAAAAGGGAUCUAGAGGCGAUGGGUUGCCGAGGGCUCUUAUUGCCGCCAUACGUAACUGUGGAACUGACAAGGAUCACAAUUCCCGACAACUCAUUCAGCUCCUCGUCAAGCAUGGCGUCGACGUGAACUUCGAGCAUGGACAGCCACUUCAGGACGCGGCGAAGCACGGAAGCCAGGAAAUCGUCCGACUUCUGCUCUCGCUCAACCCAGAUCCAUACUCUGCAAUCGCAGCCUUUCAACUCAUUCUUGAAUCAGGGCCGGCUGAAGAGGAUGUCAUUGGCUUAAUCACACUUUUCAACGAUUAUAGGAUAUCGGGCGAUGCGUGCGGGCCAGAAAUCAUAUUCAACCAUUCAGACUUUGAGCCGGUGGUCUUCCGGGCGAUGUCACAGUACCCUCGAUCAGUCGGAGUUCUGGAUGCCCUACUGAAUUCUGGGUAUUACCACGAUCAGAUGACAACAGCGCGUGUAGUGCCGGAGAUAGAAGAAAAUGAGCCCGUGUCGCUGUUGUUCUGGGCGUUAUUGCAGCCUCAAAAGAAGAUCAGCAGUGCCGUGGUCGAGCUUCUCAUCCAACGGGGAUCAAAGGUCAACUUCGAGACGAGCCGGUCGAGGAUGACACCGCUGAUGCUCGCUAUUCAGAACAAGCGGCAGGACCUCGUCGAGACACUGAUAACGGCUGGCGCAAACAUUGACAUUGCGGACUAUGCUGGCAAUACGCCCCUCUUCAUGGCCGUGUGCUCGGGGGGUGAUGCUGGCCUGUCGAUGGUAGAGUCUAUUCUCGGGGCUGAACCGUCCAGAAACGAUGGGUCAUUGCACAUGGCGGCGCGUAACCUCAACGUCAAGGUGAUGAAGUUGCUGGUGCAGCACGGGCACGAGGUGGACUUCCCGAGCGAUCUCCAUGAUGGGCGUAGCGCGUUAGCUGAGAUCUGUCUGCAUGGCUCCGACGGUCGGGUGCUGACGGCCAGCGCGCUGAGGGAAAUGGAGUACGCAAUCAGCUAUCUGAUCAAGGAGGGCAGCGAUGUGACACUCCGGUCGGACGGCAAGACACCGCUGCUUCUGGCCCUAGAAGCCGAGGACCCGGUAGGCACGACACAGGUGCUGCUCAAGGCCGGUAUGCACAAAUAUGUCAACAAAGCGUUCAACCAGUACGACGACGGCACGCACAUAUACUCGCCGACGAUGUACGUGAGCCAUGUUCGCUACUUACAGCCUUCGACGCCGGCGGCAGAAACAGUUCGCGAGAAGCUGCUCGGACUGCUGAGAAGGAGCCGAACCGAGGAUGUAUAUUAUGCACACAGUCCUGGUGGAAAGGCCCAGCCAAAAGGGGCAGUAGGCGUGCCGGAGGAAUUGCUACGAGCAGAACGCGAGCGGCAGGCACGAGAGGAGCGCGUGGCGGCCGAAGAUCGCGAUCACGAACGGGCGCGACGACAAGCACAAGAGCUGGCUGAACUGGCUGAGCGGACACAUAGGGAGAGCAUGGCCAGAGAGCGGGCAGCGAUCCUGGAACGAGCACAGGCAUAUGCCGAGGCAGCACGGGUGCGGGAACUGGGCGAGGCGGCAGCGCAUGCCGAAGCUGUGCGAAUGCGAAUUCGGGCGGAGACGGAGGUUAAGGCAGAGGCGCUGCAGUUGAAGUUGCUGCAACAGGAGGCCGAGCAGGUGGCACUCCUAGAGCAGAGCCGAACGGCACACGAGCAGCAGUUGCAGCUGGAGACCGAUCGAAAGAAUCAGCUGCUGAUCCACGAAAAAGAGCUCAACAUGGAGCGAGUGAGCGCGGCAAAGCAGAUCAGCGACAUCACAUUGGAAGAACGACGGGCGCUGGACCAGCUGAACGAGGUGCAGAACCGACGGGAGAGGGCACGGUUGGAAGAGGGAAGACGGCUGGCGGAUGCCAUUCGAGAGAUACCAGGCGCUAAUGGGGCGAUAGGGAGCCGCAAUAUGGCGGGAUAUAUCAUGGGCGAGGAAACGUAG